CUUUCAACAUGUCUGGUCGCGGCAAGGGUGGAAAGGGUCUAGGUAAGGGUGGCGCCAAACGUCACCGCAAGGUGUUGCGCGACAAUAUCCAAGGAAUCACCAAGCCAGCCAUCCGGCGCCUGGCUCGCCGCGGCGGCGUCAAGCGUAUUUCUGGCCUCAUCUAUGAGGAGACUCGCGGAGUGCUGAAGGUUUUCCUGGAAAAUGUAAUCCGCGAUGCUGUCACCUACACGGAGCACGCCAAACGCAAGACGGUCACAGCCAUGGACGUGGUGUAUGCGCUCAAGCGCCAGGGACGCACUCUUCCAAUACCUCUACACAUAAAUUCAGGGAGGAGUGCUAUGGCUCGUACUAAACAGACUGCUCGCAAGUCCACGGGCGGUAAAGCGCCACGCAAGCAGCUGGCUACCAAGGCUGCUCGCAAGAGCGCGCCGGCUACCGGCGGCGUGAAAAAGCCUCACCGUUACCGCCCGGGCACUGUGGCUCUGCGCGAGAUCCGUCGCUACCAGAAGUCUACCGAGCUGCUGAUCCGGAAGCUGCCGUUCCAGCGCUUAGUGCGAGAAAUCGCCCAGGACUUCAAGACCGACCUUCGUUUCCAGAGCUCAGCGGUGAUGGCACUGCAAGAGGCUUGCGAGGCCUACUUGGUAGGGCUCUUUGAGGACACAAACCUUUGCGCCAUCCUGACUAUGUCUGGUCGCGGCAAAGGCGGUAAAGGUUUGGGUAAGGGAGGCGCCAAGCGCCACCGGAAAGUGCUGCGGGAUAACAUCCAAGGCAUUACUAAGCCGGCUAUUCGGCGUCUUGCUAGACGUGGUGGGGUUAAACGAAUCUCCGGUUUGAUUUACGAGGAGACCCGAGGUGUUCUCAAGGUUUUUCUGGAGAAUGUGAUCCGGGACGCGGUGACCUAUACGGAGCACGCCAAGCGUAAGACUGUCACUGCCAUGGAUGUGGUUUACGCGCUCAAGCGCCAAGGACGCACUCUAUACGGUUUCGGCGGUUAAUAUUUUAGUUUUCCUUCCUUAAUGGCCCUUUUCAGGGCCGCCCACUCCCUCUCAGAAAGAGCUGUGAUCGUAUCCUUUCGGAAAAUAUCUCAGUAGCUUUACUCAGCCACUUUGCCUAGUAUGAACAACUUCUACAGGCCGGUUGGGAGAGACCAGGUUCUUAGGUCUGAGCGGCUGCUAAAGCAGAAGUCAGCUGAGCAAACGCGGUCUCGGAUAAGCGGGCUAUGAACUUUAAUGCUAUGGUUUUGACUCAUAAAGCAACUUAACACUGCAGCGCGAGUCCGAUAAAUGAGUUGUUCAGCUUUUUUUAAAAACAAAUUGCAUUGUACGGGAGUCUAAGAUACCAGCCGGCUGCGAGUGAUUAGGUGGAUUAAAAUAGAUGUCAGGUGUUUUCCAGGCGUAUCUGACUUAAGCAACGUCAGCAAGAUCUGUACUUUUAGCCUCUCUGGUAACACCUGCCCUCAAUCGCACCCCUCCCCGUAGCGCCAGAAGCCUUUACUUCCAUUUUUAGUUGAGCUUGGCGUCGUGCUGAGUGAUGUCACCUACCCUUUCCCCCGAGUAAGACUGGCAGUUAAAGCUGCUUUGCUAUUUUCAGUCCUCAGGCUGGAGGCUAUCCUAGGCUGGCUGCCUACGCAGUUUGUAAAUUCCCACUUAGUAGACUAAGGGAGUCUGUUUUAUAAAUAAGGACUCACAAUUCCUCUGACUCCGAGGUCCGUGGCAGUAGCUAUAAAAUGGAAGCCGUUUCUGAUAAAGGAUUCUUCCAUGACUCUUGCAUAAUAUUCACCGUACCUGUCAACCCAACAGUCUUCUAUUCCUGCCUUAAAUUGUAAAUUCCAAAACUGAUUUUUUUAAUUGUGCAAGUUUCAAACUGUACGACCUAGGAAGUGUUUCAAAGUUAGGUGACCAAAUGUAGAAGUCAGCCAAAUAUUCAGCAUCUUUUAUUUAAUAACAAAUACACAGAGGGCUACUUCAGCAAAAAAACAACUUUGUUGUCGGGUUACUUUGCUAACAAGCCUCUCCCCACAGGAGGACAUAGUGAAUAGAUAGUUGAGUAAGUGAGUUCGGGUGAGAGGUCUGAGCUGGAGAUAAAAAUGUGGGAGACAUCAGCAGAUAAAUGUUGAGACCGGAUGAGACGGCUAAAAACUGAAACAUAAUGUAGUACAGCAUUGUUUGCAGUAGUAAAUGAGUGGGAACUGUAGUUUUUCAUCAGAAGGGACUAGAGUGUGAUCUGUAUAUCCAUAAAAGAGAGUAACUCUACAUAGCCCUACUAAAGAAUGAGAAAACUGUACUCCACUACAUACUCUGGUGUACUCUGGCUCAGUUCUUGGACUCCUUUUCUCGGCUAACUCAACUAGCCUCACCACUUACAAGCUCUGUGUUCUGUGAAAUAGUUUAUGUUCAACAGAACACCAAGGCCUAGCUGUAAGUGCCACAUUAACUUCUAGCAAUGCCAAAGCCUGUGAUGGUGGCAGCUUCUGGCUGUUUCUUAUUCCCAGGAUGCCUAACCACCUCUCCAAAUUCUAUCAGUUUGCUUCUACCCACUUCAAGCUUCAGAACAAAACAUAGAGCUUAAGAAAAAUAGGCCAGCACGGUGGCUCACGCCUGUAAUUCCAGUACUUUGGAAAGCUGAGGUGGGUGGAUCACCUGAAGUCAGGGGUUCGAGACCAGCCUGGCCAACAAUGUGAA